AUGGGUGUGGCUGGCAUCAGGGGUCGGAGGACAGUGAGGGAGGGGCUUCGGGAGGCUGUGCAGGCUGGGACGCAUCGGGACAAGUUUCAGGAACUUCAGAGCACAGCCAGUACUCACGGCGAUGACUUGAAGAACACCAGAAAUGAGAUUGCUGAGCUGAAUCGGAACAUCCAGAGGAUGAAGGCAGAUAUCGACAAUGUGAAGAAGCAGAUUGUCAAUAUCCAAACAGCUAUUGCGGAUGCCGAACAGCGAGGGGAGAUGGCCGUGAAAGAUGCCAGGGGGAAGCUCACGGACCUGCAGCAUGCCCUGCAAGGUGCCAAAGACGAGCUGGCCCGUCUCCUGAGAGACUAUCAAGAACUGAUGAAUGUCAAACUGGCCUUGGAUGUCGAAAUUGCUACCUACAGGACUCUGCUGGAAGGAGAAGAAUGCAGGAUGUCCGGGGAGCUCAGUGCUCCUGUGAGCAUAUCUGUGGUCAGCAGCUCUUCCACUGUAGGCGGAAGCAGCUACGGCCUCGGAGGCGGAGGACGGAUGAGCAGCGGUGGAUUUGGCCUGAGCAGUGGCGGAGGUGCUGGUGGCGGUUACGGAUUUGGAAUGGGUGGCGGAGGAGCCGGUGGGAUCGGCGGUGGGAUCGCUGCUGGCGGAGGGGGAGGUUACAGCUCUGGAAGUUCACGAAGCUAUGGAGGAAAAAUGAGCGUCGGAGGGGGAGAAAGCUCUAGCACAAAAUAUGUCUCCACAACUUCAUCAUCAAGCAGGAAGGCAGUUAGAUAAAAAAAAUAUUUUUUUAAAAAAAUACACAACCGAACCGAUCAAGUUCUGCCUCUUCAGGGAAAGCUCUUGUUAUAUUCUACUAGCCAGCAGCCUUCAAGCCAGUUGCCCUUCAUAUAGUCACAAAAAAAGGAUACAGUGACAAAAACUAUCCCCUACACAAUCACGUGACCAGCUGGGCAAACACCUAGACCACCCCUGCCAUUCACAAAUAUCCGGGGGCACAAUCCAUCCAACGUGAAGCACCUUAUGUUUCUCUUGGAUUCAGUGAGACAGUUCGACGCAUGUUCCUUCCUCACCCCCUGAAGUCAAUGGUUCAUUUUGGCUGGAUUGGGCCCCUCCUUUUUAAACAGUAAUGAAUAAUCUCUCUUUUGGAAGGUCAUUUUGGAUCACAUCUGAAAUCCUCCUAAUUUAUGAGGCCUUCUUGUUUCUAUGGUUUUAGCCUGCAAUCCUAUACACAUUUAUACUCACUUAAAUCCCACAGAUUUCAGUUGGAUUCAACCUGAGUAAUAGUGUUAGUUAUUGCCGAAUUGAAGGUCUAACCCCCUCCACCAUAAAUUUAAUUACCCCAUUUGCACCUGUGUAAAUGGCUGACCUUGUGGAGCAAUUAUAGGUGACAAAUGCAAAGUCCCAUUGCUCGACUCCCCACUCAUGUGACCAAGGAGACACUGAUAAUGAAAGAACCGUUUUAUUAUGGAAAUAAUUUUCUUCUAAAAGACAUCAGAUGUCCCAGCCAAGGAUGACUGAGAAUCUGAAUUCUUUGAUUGAGCAUAAACCAUUUCUGGAACCAUGUGAUGUAAGCACAGUCAAAACAUCACCAAAGUGUUGAGCUGUGCCCUCCAACCGGUCAUUGCCUUAAUGGUUCGCUUUGGAUCCUUUUGGUGUCCAGAAAUGUGAUAGAGUAAGGCUCAAGUAACAUCGCAACAUUCAGUCCAAAAGAGAGCUCUGUAGGUUGCAGGCCUUGAAUUAAGUAUAUGUCUUCUUGGUUGACCCUUUCUGUAAAAUGGUGGUUCUCACUAGCUGGAUGAAACACAUCUGUGACUUGAUACCCACAUAUAUUUUGCCUAUUUUAUAAGCAGCAACUCUUGUGUCUUGUAAAUAAAACUGCACUGGCUCUGCCUCUGCUCAGUGUUCACGAUUCUGCAUACCUUCCUGCUCUUUUUUUUGCUAAUAAACUGCAUUGUGAUA